AUGAGAAUAUCCACAAUUUCAGCCAUUGCUGCCAUAAUAGUGGCUACUGAGGCUGCUCCAGUUAUAUACACCAAUUACGUUACUGCUGGUACCACCCAUACUAAUUGGGUUACUGUAACUACUGGAACCACUACCAAAACAGGUUUGACUACUAUUUAUGGUCCACCUCCAGCUGCUACUAAUACUGCUUCAACUUCAUCUUCAAGUUCAACUCCAUCAUCGAGUUCAGUAACAUCAAACACAAGCUCAAGCUCAAUAACUAGUUCUACUGUCCCUUCUACAAGCAGCUCUUCAUCAGUAGCUGAAACAUCUACACCAUCAUCGAGCUCAACUUCCACACCUUCAACCUCAUCUUCCUCAUCAUCAAUCUCAUCUACCUCAGCCACUUCAUCUUCCACCUCAUCUACAUCAUCAACCCCAGCAACUUCAUCAUCAACCCCAGCAACUUCAUCCUCAAGUCAAUUAUCAACUCCAUCAACCGAUUCUGCUUUCGCCAAUACAAUCUUAGCCGCUCACAAUAGAGUACGUGCUCUCCAUGGUGUUCAAGAUUUAGCUUGGAAUGACACUUUAACCAAAUACGCAGCUGAUUACGCUGCCAACACUUUUUCAUGUGAUAAUGUUCAAUUAGUUCAUUCUGGUGGUCCGUAUGGGGAAAACUUGGCUGCUGGUUACCCUGGUGGUGAUUCACCAGUCAAUGCUUGGUACAAUGAAAUUAAAGAUUACAACUAUGAUGCUCCUGGUUAUUCAACUGCAACUGGUCAUUUCACUCAAUUGAUUUGGAAAGCUACUUCACAAGUUGGUUGUGCUUAUGUUACUUGUGAUAAUGCUUGGAGGCAAUACACCAUUUGUGAGUAUUAUAGUAGAGGUAAUAUUGUUGGAAUUGAUUAUACUACUGGUAAGUCAUUGUUUGAAGAAAAUGUGCUCCCACCAGUGUCAGGUGAAGUCCAGUUACAAUAG